CAUGUUUUCUUCUUUGAUAACUCUUUUUUAACACGACUUUUGAAUGAAAUCUCUGCUAAUUCAGUUUAGCACACUAUUAUUUUAGACCAAAUGUUGUUACUUUGAGCCAUUAAAGAAAAAAGACUUGCACCCAGAAAUUUCUUCUCAUUUUCCGACCCUUUUUCCCAGAAAAUGAUAUAGAAAUGGCAAUAACGAAUUCACAGACGAAAAUCCAGCAAAUGGGUAGCCACUGCCACACCAAGCUAUUGAAUUUAUCCUGUGAGAUUGGCAUGCCAUGAACGAUUCGUGGCACCCAAAUCAACCUAUGAAUUGCAUAUUUUUUUCCUGUAUCGAGAAGCUCUGGACCAGCCCUGGCUGAAAUGAAAGCGAAGCAGAAGCUUGGUGACGCAGUAGACCUUUUGUACUCUCGUGGCUGCGCCUCCUCCGAAGCCUACACACGCCUCGUCCUCGAAUGUGUUCGGUCCCGCGAUGUUGCCCAAGCCAAGAGAUUGGAGUCUCACAUGGAACUUCACUUAUUCCAUCCCACCAAUACUUUCCUCCAUAAUCGCCUCCUCCAUCUAUAUGCUAAGUCCGGCAGACUUGACGAUGCCCGCAACUUGUUCGAUAAAAUGCCCAAGAGAGAUGUCAUUUCUUGGAACGGCAUGCUUUCUGCUUUUGCAAAAUCCGGGUCGGUUGAGGAUUUGGAAGAGGCGUUCGAACAAAUGCCUGAUCAUGAUUCGGUUUCUUUUGACACGAUGAUCGCGGGUUCUUCAGGGAAUGAGUGUCCAAGAAAGGCGCUAGAGAUUUUCGUUAGAAUGCGGAGGGAAAACUUUGAGCCUUCGGAAUACACUUUUGUCAGCCUCUUACGGGCAUCUUCUCAGUUAUUGGCUCUUAGGCUUGGAAAACAAAUACAUGGUAGAGUUGUUGCUGGCAAUUUGGCUGGGAAUGCCUUCAUUUGGAAUGGGUUGACUAAUCUGUACGCCAAGUGCAGCGACAUCGACCGUGCUCGUUGGUUGUUCGAUCACAUGGUGAAUAAGAGUUUGGUUUCCUGGAAUUUGAUGAUUACAGGGUAUUUGAAAAAUGGAGAGCCCAAGAAAUGCAUUGAUUUGUUUAGAGAAAUGCAACUGUCGGGGUUAAAGCCUGACCAAGUUACGGCAUCAACCAUUAUCAGUGCCUACUUUCAAACUGGAUGUAUAGACGAAGCAAUAAAGACUUUCCAUAGUAUCAAGCAGAAGGAUAAGAUUUGUUGGACGACAAUGAUAGUGAAUUGUGCACAAAACGGUAGAGAAGAAGAUGCUUUGAUGUCGUUUGGAGAGAUGCUAGCAGAAAACAUCAUACCUGACAGUUUUACCAUUUCAACUGUGGUUAGUUCUUGCGCUAAAUCAGCAUCACUAUUCCAUGGCCAAGCUAUUCAUGGGAAAUCAAUUUUGAUGGGAGUUGAUGAUGAUUUGCUUGUUUCGAGUGCUCUCGUCCAUAUGUAUUGCAAAUGUGGAGUUACUAAUGAUGCUUACUUAGUCUUUGAAACAAUGCCAGCUCGAAAUGUGGUUUCUUGGACUGCUAUAAUCGGGGGUUGUGCACAAAAUGGACAAGAUCUGCAAGCUUUGGCCCUCUAUGAACGAAUGCUGGAAGAAAACAUGAAACCAGAUAACGUUACUUUAGUAGGUGUCUUAUCAGCUUGUGUCCAUGCUAAUUUGGUUGAAAAGGGCCAAGAAUAUUUUGAUUCAAUCAGCAAAAGACAUGGUAUGACUCCCACUUUGGACCAUUACGCCUGUAUAAUCUGCCUCUUAGGUCGUUCAGGUCACUUAGAUAAAGCUUUAGAUCUUGUCAAAAGUAUGCCCCAUGAGCCAAACAGCCUAAUAUGGUCUACACUUCUGUCCAUUUGUGCAACCAGAAAAGACAUUAAAAAUGCAGAGAUGGCGGCUGAGCAUCUCUUUAAGUUAGAACCUUUCAAUGCUGGACCUUAUAUUAUUCUGUCUAACAUGUAUGCCAGCUUGGGAAAAUGGAAAGAUGUGGCGUCCAUUAGAUCUCUAAUGAAGAUUAAGAAUGUGAAGAAGUUCUCAGCUUAUAGUUGGAUCGAAAUCGAUAGCAUGAUCCACAAAUUUGUAUCUGAAGAUCGAUCGCAUCCGGAGACUGAAACAAUUUAUGAAGAGCUGAACAAACUGGUUAAGAAAGUGCAAGAAGCUGGGUUUACUCCUAAUACAAAUUUUGUGUUGCACGACAUCGGAGAAAAGGAAAAAAUUGAGUCUAUAUGUUACCAUAGUGAGAAACUUGCUCUUGCAUUUGGAUUGAUCAAGAAACCUCAAGCAUGGAUACCAAUAAGGAUAAUGAAAAAUAUUCGUGUCUGUGGUGACUGCCAUCAAUUUAUGAAGUUUGUAUCGAAAAUUACUGGAAGGUCAGUCAUAUUGAGAGAUUUAAACAGAUUCCAUCAUUUUGAAGGGGGGACAUGCUCUUGCAAGGACUAUUGGUGAUCAAUAGUUCUGUUAAGGCGAACUGCAAUGCAAAGUUACAGCGGCGUAAAUAUGCCGUGAUUCCCUCAAAAAAUUUGUAGGUAUAAAUAAACUCCGUGUGAAGGAGUUGAUUUGGUUUUUUUGACUAGAAAAUCCACUAAAUACCGAAUACCCACUUCUUGGAUUAAAGUUGUGUGUGUUUAGAAGUACUUGAUGUAGCUUCUUAUAUAAGCUAUUGCAUUUUGCUAUGUUUUUCCCCCCUGAAAAAAUGUGAGUUUUGGGGUAUCAGAAGUGUUUGUACAUGAGUAAAAGAACUUUAAUUGCAGGCAUAGGGUGGUGACUAAGUUUAAAAACAAAAAGAGGCUUUAGAUCACUAUUGGAUGCCAUGACUAAUAAGUGACUAAGUUAUCAAGAUAAUGAUUUAGAAAAAGAUUUGUUUUUUUCUUUAAUCAAUUGGGCUCACUUUUGUGUUUGAUGUUCAUCAGGGUUGUAUUAUACUUUCUUUAAUUCUUUUUAUAUAUCUUUUAUAAGGCAGUAUGAUAAAACUCAGUUCAAAUCUCCUGAACAAGUCAAUAAGCCAUCUUCAGGGAUCAUGGGAACAGGAUUAUCAACCUUCAAAGAGUCAAAAGAUAUCAAUCCUUUAGAUGAUGAUUAUUCAUUUCCUGAGGAUGUUGAUGAGGAAACAAAUGAUGCUGAGGGGUUCGAUAAUGAUGACAAUAUGAGUGGUGAUGAGGAGAUAGAGGAAUAUGUAGCUGGUAGAGGCCCGACAUUGAUGCAUGAGGUAUUUAAAGCCCGGAGUGAGGUAAUACGCACACCAAUAGAGUUCAAUGAGUUUGGACAAGUUAUUGGUCCUGCGAGAACAAGGUUUGCAUCGACACUUGGAUCCAUUGUACGCAGAAGUAUUAACAUUAAGCAUUGUGGGAUUUGAGUUCCUAUAAGUCAUUACAAGACUUUGACUGUUAUGUUAGUUGGUUUAUUAACUAACUUAACGGUUUAAGUCAACUAAAGUCUUGGCUAUAUAUAUAUAGAGGCUUCUCAGAUCAAUGAAGAGUCAGAAAAACAUACAGAGCCAUUUUUCAAGACAUAAAGAAAUAGAGAGUGAGAUCUUGAUUGAGUGAAUAAGAGAGAGAGCUAAGGAAAGAGCAAGCUUAGAGGGGUUUCGGGUUUAUGUAAUAGGCUACAUAUGUUGAUGAAUAUGCAAGCCUGGUUUGUGUGAUUAGAAGAGAGAUUUCUUCAUUGUUGUUGUAUGAGCUACUCGACUGUGUUGGCCUCCUCUUUAUUCGAUCAAUAAAGAAUUACAAAGGGUGUUUCCAAGACUGGAUUAGAGCCAAUAAAUCAUCCUGAUUUAUUGGUCUUGAACCAGUAUAAAAACUAUGUCUUGUGUUGAUAUUAGUUUUCUGUUUUGAGUUUUAAUAUUUGUUUUAUGAUCAUCGUUUUGUGUAGUGUAUUGUACUAACUUCUGUGCAGGCUCCAAGAUCGACUUUAAGGCAUCAGAUUUACUAUAAGCAUGAUAGUUGGGCGAAGGUUCCUACUUCCGAGAAAAAUAAAUUAUGGCAUAUUGUUGAGGAGACUUUUGAGACUGAUCCUAAAGCGAGGAAAAAGAUUUUACAGACAGGUGGCAGAUAUUGGAGACUUCACUAAGGAGCGACCUUAAGGGAAGAGAUGAACUCGUCGAAGAGCUCCAAAGGGCACAACGAGUUAACCUCGAGGAGUUCAAGAAGGAAAAUACCAAGCUGAAGACCCAACUCAACGAGAUGACCAUGAAUGUGUUCUACACUUGCUGGAAGCACAAUCGAGGUGGCGAUUAUAGCUUCCUCGAGAGCAACCUGGAGAAGUGCAUGGCAGACUUUAAGAAACGCUCGGCUGAUGAGGAAGCUGCUACUGUUGAUAGCGAGGAGGAUGACACCAGGUCGAUCCACGAACUGGCUGAUGAGACCACUCCAACCAAACCUUAAUAUCCUUUUUUUUUCUAUCUUUUUGUUUAGUCUUAUUAGUGCAGCCUAAUCAGCAUUGUUAAUCAAUUAAUUGAGUUUAACAUUGCAGUCUUUUCAAGUGUGAACACUCAUUUGGUUGAAUUCUCAAAACUGGCCAACGAUUAAGGCUACCAUUGUAAAGAGAACAUUAUAUAUAUAUAUACAAGUUUUUCUAGUUAUUCGUA